UUAUUCGUUAUUAAACUACACAUAUUUAUAUUUGUUCUUUGUUUAAUAAUUUAAAUGAUAAAUUAAAUAUUUAAAAAGUUUGUUUCACACUCCAAUGCACGAUAGAAAUCUUGCACAUAUGAAUUUCUGUGAAUUUGUUGCAAUUAAUAAAAAAAAGUGUUUUUCCUCCAACGUUUGUCAGAAAAGAUAAAAAAAGAUAAAGGCUCAGAAACGCGAGGUUCAAACUGCUGACAGAAAGUACACUGCCAUCUACUGGUAGGACAAAUUUACAGAAAACGACCUUUAAAGUGUCAUUUUAAGUAAUUCAAAAUUUAGCAUCUACUUAAAGGAUGCAAGCCAAUCUUAGUGAAACUUUGAAUGAUAUUGAAAGUAAACAUAGGCAAAUUUUUCUUUACAUUUUCAAUAAUAGAAUAGUCCAUCACCCAAACAAAAUAAUUUUAAGAUAAAGGGAAAAUGCUGUGUUUUAAUUUAAAAUCGCAGCGUUUCUUCUUGUUAUGAUUAUUAUGAUGAUUAUUAUAUUAAAUUCUUAUUUUUUAAAACCGAUAAGUAGAAAUUUGGGAUUUGGGAUCUGUAAUUUCCAAUUUUCCCAAGGUGCACGUUUUUGAAUUUCUGCUGAAAAAGUUCAACGGUGGUGCGUUUAGGGACUGAGCCGAGUCUGCUCAUUUUCCUUACAAUCCCAUACACCGCGUCAUCUCCUCGGAUUCUGAUAUUUUCAAUUUAUAAAUUAACUUAUUUUAAAUGUAUGUUCAAUAACCAAGUGAUGUUGUCAGUAUAGAGAGUUGUAACGUAAAAGAAAUAAAAAAAUUGUUUGGUAGUGUUCCAGCUUUUUUUAGGGGAUGUGAAUGCAACGCUUCCCAUUGACCAGGCAUCCCUUCCGGUAGAUGAGGUCAACUUUUCCCUAGAUCCGCCAUUUCAGUCCCGGAGUUUCUUGUUGCACAUUAGUUUAGAUUUUUGUUGUGAUAUUAACAUUUAGUCAGUAAAUAAUUGUGUUUUUUAUUUGCGGCAACGGCUCAGUUUAUUUAAACACAUUCACAUUAUUGCUGCAAGUUGCCCAAGUCGUGUCAUUAUUAGUUUUUCUUUUUUUUUUUCUUUUUUUUUUUUUCGGGUUAGUCAACCAAAGUUUUUGUAUGAGUUGCGGAUAGGGAGAGGCGAAGGGGAAAAGGCCUCAAGCCUCGGACUGGAUUUCGUAGCCAUGGCCGGUAAUUUUAAUGCCGAAGACCGUGAGAGCUGGUACUGGGGGAGACUGAGUCGCCAGGAAACGGUGACUCUUUUAGCGGGGCAGAGACACGGUGUUUUCCUGGUGAGGGACUCGAUCACCAGCCCCGGUGACUACGUGCUGUCCGUUUCAGAGAACUCCAAAGUGUCCCAUUAUAUAAUCAACAGCGUCAGUAACAACCGGCAGUCCGGCACAGGUGUGGUUUCUCCUUGGUUUCGGAUCGGAGAUCAGGAGUUCGAGGCGCUGCCGGCCCUUCUGGAGUUCUACAAGAUCCACUACCUGGACACUACUACACUCAUAGAGCCUCUAAGCAGGUCCAGGCACUCGGGUUUCGUCAGCUCCUCCUCCUCCGCCGGGCCGCCGCCCCAGCAGUCCGACGAGGCCGAGUUCGUCCGGGCGCUCUUCGACUUCCCCGGCAACGAUGACGAGGACCUGCCCUUCCGCAGGGGGGACAUCCUGCGCGUGCUGGAGAAGCCCGAGGACCAGUGGUGGAACGCCGCCAACCAGGAGGGCCGAGUGGGAAUGAUCCCCGUCCCCUACGUGGAGAAGUACCGGCCGGCCUCGCCCACCGCCGCCGGACCCCCCGCUGCGGGGACGGGACAGGGAGGUCAGGUUGGAGGGGUGGCGGGUGCCGGCACAGACGGGACAGGGGCCCCUCAGGCCAACCCUCUGGGCGACCCGGGUCAGUACGCUCAGCCUGUGGUCAACACCCAGCUUCCCAACCUACAGAACGGGCCGGUCUACGCCCGAGCUAUUCAGAAGAGGGUGCCCAACGCCUACGACAAGACGGCGCUCGCUCUGGAGCUGGGGGACACGGUAAAAGUGACCAAGAUCAACGUGAACGGCCAGUGGGAGGGCGAGUGCAAGGGCAAGCGAGGCCACUUUCCCUUCACCCACGUUCGCCUGUUGGAACAGUAUCAUCCCGACGACGAGAGCUGAGGAGCGCACAACACACAAACUCCCGUCGCCUACAGCACAAACUCGGCUCUUCACGUCACGCUCGGGAAGGAAAAAAGAUUUGCCGGAGCGACACGGUGUAUGAACCCGCGAGCUAAACCGUCUCUCCUGACCCUGCCGACACCGCGACGUGUCGAGCGACCUCCCCUGACGCCGUUUUUAAUGGACGCCGUUCACGCUAAAAGUUUACGCUAAGGUCAGACUGAUAUCGGUUUGCCCGCGUUAGCUUUUUUUUUUUUUUUUAAUUCAGUCAUACCAGCAUCACCGUCAGACAUUCCUCCAUCCCUGCAGCCGCACACAAGCUCUCAGACACCUGCAAUAACAUAUUUCAUUUAUUGACGCGGACGUCAGCAUCUAUUCAAUGGGAGGUUAACUAGCUAGCUCAGGUUAGCUUCAGAAGCACAACAAAUAAUCACCAAACAAAAGAACAAAACAACAACUUUAAUUUUAGAAUGGUUUUAUUUGCUUUCUACAUUUUAUUUGUUGAACACACACUAUAUAGGAACAAUAAAAGAUUAUUUUCAGGUGCUUUAAACUAAAUCUAGUGCAUUUAUUCGGACUAAACCACAACCCAGAGCCUGAAAUGGUUUUGCACCUUGAACAAGGGUUGGGCGAUACAAUAAAAUCAUUAUUAUAUAUAACAGCCAGCAAAAUAUCCUGACGCCGUCAGUUUCACCAUUGUUAUUGUUCUUUCUUCACAGUUCUUAAUUAAAGCAGUAACGUUGUGAUUUAUUAUUUUACCAGACAUGAUAUUUAUUCUGUUCGAUUUUGAAAUCUUAAAUCUGAACUCAAACUUUACUACAACGUUACACUGAACUGGUCGAAUUAAAUGCAGUCACACUGAGAUCCUCCUCAGCAGGAAUAAGCUGGAAAGAGAGUUGUCUGACUCUAUUUAAUUCAGUUUUACUGGUUUGGUUGCAGCUUGUGCCUUUUCUCCCCUUUAUCUCACCCAUCACCUCCCGUCUGUAUUCACUGCAUCAUAUCAAACGAACGCCAAGAAGCUAAUGCUACACGCUACUGUAUAGUGGACAUUUUAUUUACCUCCUGACUUGAAUUCUCAAGGAGGCAAAUUCUUGAAAUAAUAAAAUAAACCCCCGUCAUCACCAGAAAAUAGCCGACGACCAACUUAUAUACUGACCCAACCCUUGUUCAAGCUCAAAAUCACAACAGACGCUCAUGUCCGACUCCACUGCAUCUCAGCAGGUAAUUAUUUCUGUGAACGAUUACUUUUACAAAGUCCACUCCACUCAGUUCCUUCAUUAAGCAAAGCAGACCUUCACCAGAACGGUUCCUUACAUCAUAUUCACUUUACAGCUGUUUAAUCAUGACUCGGUGUGAACAGGAAGUAGGAGAAGUUGGAGCUGUGUGGACGUAGAACAGAAGCUGCUAAUAAAUAAAUAAGUAUUUAAUGAGUUGUGGUGGGCGACGCUAGUCACCGGUGGCCGAUAUCAGUCAAACCGUAGUUUCCAGGACAGGAUUGAAGUUGUCGUCGCCGCUGCUCUGCCUGCCCCCCCACCCUCCACGUUUCAUUCAUUCACACAGGAGACGUCAAAAUGGGCUCGUAAAGACUUUUGCUGGAUGGUUUGUGGAACGCCUUUUUUUUUUUUUUUUUUUUUUUUUGUUCAAAAAGUGGAAAAUAUUAUAACAGAAUUGACUAUAUAUAAUUAUAUAUAGAUCCACGUACAGAAACACUGCGAACUACGCCGCCUUCAUGGAUGUCUUCAAAUGCAGCCGUGUGAAAGAACAAAAGGAAUUUUUUCUUUUUUAUUAUUAUUUUAUUUUUCAUCCUCAGUGCUUUUAAAGUAACUUCAACACUAAUGCAUUUUUUUUUUUAUUUCAAACCAGUAAAGCGGACUCUUCCUCGUGCCAUGAAUGACACAAGCCGUUUCUUGUAGCACCGCGUCAGUGUGUGUAAAAAAACAAACGAACAAACAAACAAAAAAAACAUGUUACUUUAUUUUUUUUUUGCCAACGCAGGCAGAGAAAUCAUCAACUUGGGAGUUUUUUUUUUUUUUUUUUCUGACAUUGACGGCGUAAGCUUGUGAACACUAAUUCAGUGACUUGAAAGUGGUUGUAAAAAUGUGGUCAAAGGGCAUCGACACUGAUAAAACACUGAGUGUGAGUGAGAGGUUGGGUUUUAUUUGCCAACGUGUAUCAUCUUUUUUUUUAUUAUUGUUAUAAUACACCAAUCAGCCAUAACAUUAAGACUAGUCGUAGUCACUGGUGAAUAACACAGAUUGUUAUUCCACCUGUCAGUGGGUUGGGAUUUAUAUUAGGCAGCAUAUUAUUGCAGUGGGCUAAAGAAGUAAAAGGGGGUGAAAUGAGUGAAGUUGUUAAUCACUUUCACACGCUGGUGGUUUUAAUGUUGUGGCUGAUCGUUGUGUGUAUAAAUGUGCCGGCCUAUAACUAGGAACGUGGUGAACUUCCAGCUGUACGCAGAAGUCUUUCAGUUUGUGUGUCACCAGGGAGGUUCUUCUGAGUUACAUCCUCUCUACCUCAAGUUCUAGUUUUGGAAAAAAGAUGAGAAGUUGAUGAAGCCUCGAGAGCGCUCCCAUAAUUCACUGGGGUCAGAUCUAUAAACCAGACCUAAACAUGGAUACUCUAGGGAUUAGACACGCGAGUGGUUUUAUAGUUAUUUAUUUAAGACGAAAAGCAGAAAAUCUACAAAUAAGUGCCGGCCUGAACACUUAAUGUAUCUACUGUAUAUUAUAGAUGCAAAUAAAAGCACAUUUAUUGAUGGCGAAAUUAUCCCGGCUUUUAAAAGGGCAAUUAAAUGAAUUCAGAAAGUAAUUUGGGAUGCGUAUUUCUGCGUUUGUACUGUCUGACCCGCUGAUGUUGACCAAUGCAAUAGUCUUCGUUUACAUUGUGUAAUAUUUUCCCUCCAUUCCUUUUUGUUUUUGAGACAAAGAUAUUUUUGUAUGCUACAUUAACAGCAUAUUUUUUAUUACCAUGAUAUGUUUUAUUGAGUAUUUUGAGCCACAUACAGUCUGUACAGUCCCGUAUGUACUGUAUUAAUAAACACAUGCAAUAUUUCUAAUAUUUGUUAUGCAGUUUUUGAUGUUUUUUUUUUUUUUUGUUUUUUUUUUACAGCUUACAAGCAUGUAUAAAAUUUCAACUGACACUACAUGGGUUUGUGCUGCUGCAUAUGUGGGUUGUUGGUGGUUUUGGGAAAAGUAGAACAUUUUUUUUUUUUUUUAAACAAGAACAAAAUUAAUGCCAUUUAUCACGUGAUGUCAAUUGGAUGAUGUGUUUUGUUUUGUGCCAUAUGUCCCUUUGAAAGAAAUGCCUUUUCAAGGACGUUAUCCAGGUGCUUAUUAUGCACGGCACAAAACUCCCUGUGUUGGACGGCUUUAAGAAGUCAAGAACCAUAGACCACCGCUGACGAUCCUACAACAUGCACCUUACCUCUUACUUCGGCUCAAGAAAACGUCUCAUCAUGCCAAAUAACGUUUAAUAAUGUUGUUUCCCCAUUCAUGAUAUAUAUUUUUGUGCCAUGUUACUCAGAGUUAAAGCGGACCGAACAAGCAAAAAUAGGAUGCGUUUUUUUUUUAAAAAGGAGAUUGUACAAUGUGUCAAAAGUAUUAUGAAAAUAUAUUAUUUUGAAAUGACCUUUUUUUAUUUUCUCUAGCAUGUAAUGUGUUAAUAUGCAUAGCCAAUAAAAAUGUGUACCAAACUGCCA